AUGGCGGACCCUGUAAGAAAUAUCAUCAUCAAACUCGGAAGUAAGACACAUUCUCCAGAGGUGGCUCUUAAGCAUAUUCAGACACUAUUGCAGUUUGCUAUGAAGAAGAAACUCAAGCUUGAUCCUCUGCUUCGCGACGAGAUUUUGGUGACUGUUAUGACGAACUACCCAGAGUUUUAUGCUGAAUGGUCUGAAGAUGAUGCUAUUGAGCUGCUGAUGAUGGUUUCCGAAGCCAGUGAUGAAGUUUCUCCCGUAUCUAUUCCAGAACCCUCGGAUGGAAAUCGGGCCGGGGCAUUCCUUCAAUACUUUGCACAACGAGCCCUAGAAUCUGCUGAAAGACAGGAGAUCCUCCGAAACAGGUCAAACAAUUCUGAUACUCCUAUUGAAAUUUCACCGGAUAAACCUGAUGAUUCUGCUACCCCAUCUUUUGUGCCUGUUAAUACUGAAAAUUUAACAGCUUUGAACUCUGAGAACCCCCCUGUGAAUGUUGAUCCUUCAUCCUUGCCGUUGAGUGAUUCUGUUGGUGUGAAAAAUGAUGUCUUGCAUGUGUCUGAUGAGAAAGAAAAAUCCUCUAAUGAGCCAAAUAAACUGAGUUUAGUUGUGUACUCUCCUGAUAAUACUGCUCUGCCUCCUGCUGAGAUUGCUGAUGAUCCUAAAGGAAUUUGCUCUGCUGUUGAUCCUCCUGUUUUACCUGCUAAUGUUGACACUGUCGAUCUCUCAAGCCCCCAUAAGUCUAAGAAAUCUGGUGGAAUCCCAGUCUACACUGCCACAUCAUUAGGUGAAAGUCUGGAACAUGUGCGACACUUUGCUGGACUACCAUCUGCUUCAAUUCCUCAACAGUAUCGAGUGAUUCACUCAUCUGAAUCCUCCAGCGAAGAUGAUAAAAUUCUGGCUAAAGUGUAUGGAUCUCAAGCACCUCCAUCUGACAUUCCAACUGUUGAGGCCAUUGCUCAUCCUGACUCCAUGACCUUCAAAAUUCGAGAGAUUUCGAAUCUUAUUGGGAACUCAUCUGCCAAUGUUGUUGUUGAGACCGGAGAUGACAGUGCAGAUGUGGAUCAGCCUGAGAAGAGAAGGAAGUCGAGUGAGGCUGUCAAGUCUGAAGGAAAUCCGCCUAUUCAACAAGUGUUCAAGACACUGCGAUCGCCUCAGUUUGUAUCUCCUGCUGCUCAGGCCAAAUGGUCUACUAUGGUCAUAAGGGACCUUAUUGUUCAACGAUCUGUGGAUGAGAACCAGCUGAACUCUGUAUGUGACAUUCUACCUCUGCUGAAUGAAGUCGGAUUGCUGAAGACUGUCACGGACAUCUGCCCAUACUCUAAGCUCCUCAUGUAUGAAUUCUAUUGCAAUCUCAAUGACGAGAUUGACAUCUUAACCGGACCUCGACCGAUGCAGAUCUUCAUUAGAGGAAGGUGGUACUUUUUUGGGCCAGACAUGAUCAAUGAAUACUAUGGUUUGACUGCUUUGCAAGAAGAGGCUGUCACUGAUUGGAACUUGGUGGCCAAAACUCUUACCGGUGGACAGACAGAAUCUUGA